CUGUUAAAAGAGAGAUGGAUGAAGACAAUACUGAUGAUGACGAUGAAGAAAGUGAAGAUGAGUGGGAGGAUGUGGAAGGUAAAUGUAUAUAUUCUCUAUACCAGAAGUAUGCUCCAUGUGGAUAUCUGUAUCUUCAAGCGCUCUUAUCUCAUCAUGCUUUUAGAAUGGUUCCAAAGUAGAAAAAAAACACGACAACUCUGACCUGAUGGUAGUAGCACCUUGAAUUUGACUGUUUGUUGGCUUACAUUGAAAUUAUGCUACCAUGCAGAAAGUACUUUCUUAGCUGUUUGUGUUGUCUAAUAUCAAGCAGCUAAGAAUGAGUAGGUUUGAAGAUUCAAAACCGCGACACGCUGUUAAAGGAGAGUGGAGAUGAAACCAACGGAGCUGUUCAAUUAGCUGGCCAUCAACAAACUGCGAUAAGAAUCUUGAUGAUCAUAAUCUUCGUAUUUUGCUGCCACAGAUUUAUGCCUUCUAAAGUGAACAGUUGUCAGUUUUUUUCUUUGCUACUCUACAAUUACCCUUCAAGUCAUAUCUGCUUCAUUCACCUUUCUCUUGAUUGAGUUUGCCUGCAGCAGUCACUUGCCAUUAGACUGUGCUGGGCUGAUUCCUCAACAGCAGGUGACUGACAUCCCACAGUUAUUUGAAAUAACUGAGCACACAUAGUGUUAUGGAAGAUCCAGGAGCUGGUAAUUACUGGAGAUGUUCUGCUUGUAGGUUGUUUGAACACUUGAGAAGGAAUAGAACUCCAGGGACCUGCCACAGAUAAGUUAGAAGCUGCUGUUCUUCCGGCAAUGGUGAUCCCAAGCAAUCCCGUUGAGAUAGAGAUCGAAACCCCAGAGCAGGUGAAGAAAAGAGAGAGGAGAGAAAAAAGGAAAGCCGAGUUUGAGAUGUAUCUUCGGAGAAUGAUGAAACGUUUCUGCAAGGAGGUUCGUGAGGACACACAUAAGGUUCACCUGUUGUGUUUAUUAGCAAAUGGUUUCUAUAGGAACAGGAUCUGCAGCCAGCCAGAUCUUCAUGCCAUUGGUCUAUCCAUCAUCCCCACCCACUUCACAAAAGUGCCUGCAGGCCAAGUGGACCUUCUCUACCUUUCCAAGUUGGUGAAAUGGUUUGUUGGAACCUUCACUGUCAAUGAUGAGCUUUCCACUGAAAAAGGAGAGCCCCUUCAGUCGACCUUGGAGAGGCGCUUUGCCGUCUAUGCUGCACGAGAUGAUGAAGAGUUGGUUCAUAUAUUUUUAAUUAUUCUGCGAGCGUUGCAGCUGCUGUGUCGCCUUGUGCUGUCUUUUCAGCCUAUUCCUCUCAAGGAGACAAGAGCAAAGGGAAAAAGCUCAUGCAAGAGCCAGUCUCUCAGUGGUACCUCUGAGGGGCAAGAGAGCUCUGCCACAACACCCAAAGCUGUGGCAAAAAAAUGCCCCUGCAGAAAAGCCAAACAGGAUGAAAAAUCUUCAGAGAGCGAAGAAGACAACGAGGAGCCAAAGAAACGCAAAACUGCUCAGACCAAAAGGACACGCAAGUCAAAGUUAACUACAGGCAGCCAGGAACAGAAGGAAUCUGGUAAUGAAGAGAUCAGUUUAGCAGAAAAAGAUGUGCCAGUCAGGCCCAAGAAUGAUCGUCGGAGGCGAGUGGCCUCCAAAGUGUGUUACAAAGAAGAGAGUGGAAGUGACGAAGGCAGUGUUUCGGACUUUGAGGUUUCAGAGGAGGAAAGUAAUGUCUCUGAUGAGGAUUUUGAAACUGUCUCUAAAAGGCGAAGGAGCUCACUGGGCUCCCAGAAGUCAAAGGUAACAGCUAUAAAAAGCCCAAAAUCUGAGACUUCAGAAUCAAGGCUAUCCAGAAAUUCAUACGGAGCUGAGCCUAGGCCAGCAAAAAGUACAGCUCCACCCUUGCCUCAUGCACAGAGAAAGAGAAACAAAAUAAUUUCUAGUGAUGAGGAUGAUGGACAGCAGGAGGUAAGGAAAGUGAUGGGCACAGACCAGUGGCUGGAGGUUUUCCUUGAACGUGAGGACAAGUGGGUGUGUGUAGACUGUGUUCAUGGUAAUGUUGGCCAGCCUCAACUGUGUUUCACGUAUGCCACAAAACCGCUUUUCUAUAUUGUGGGAUUUGACAAUGAUGGGAGUGUCAGGGAUGUGACACAAAGAUAUGACCCGGUGUGGAUGACCGCAACAAGGAAGAGUCGUGUGGACCCUGAGUGGUGGGAAGACACGCUGCAGCCAUAUCAAAGUCCCUAUGUGGAGAGAGACAAGAAGGAGGAAAAUGAGUUUCAAGUUAAGCUUCAAGAUCAACCUCUGCCAACAGCAAUUGGAGAGUACAAAAACCACCCUCUUUAUGCACUGAAGAGGCACCUCUUGAAAUACCAGGCGAUCUAUCCUGAGUCAGCUGCUGUCCUAGGGUACUGCAGGGGAGAGGCUGUCUACUCCAGAGACUGUGUACACACGCUGCACUCCAAGGACACUUGGCUGAAGCAAGCUCGAGUGGUGAGGAUUGGAGAAGUGCCUUACAAGAUGGUGAAAGGAUUUUCCAACCAGGCGAGGAAGGCACGCCUUGCAGAGCCUGCAAACCGGGACAAAGAGGACCUGGCACUGUUUGGUCGCUGGCAGACAGAGGAGUAUCAGCCACCCAUAGCAGUGGAUGGAAAGGUUCCUCGGAACGAAUAUGGAAAUGUCUAUCUCUUCGUGCCAUCCAUGUUACCCAUUGGCUGUGUGCAGCUGAGACUCCCAAACCUGAACAGAUUGGCGCGGAAGUUGGACAUUGACUGUGCUCAAGCCAUCACUGGAUUUGAUUUUCACGGCGGCUACUCGCACCCAGUUACCGAUGGCUAUGUUGUCUGUGAGGAGUAUAAAGAGGUCCUCAUUGCUGCCUGGGAGAAUGAACAAGCAGAAAUAGAAAAGAAGGAGAAGGAGAAGCGGGAGAAAAGAGCUCUGGGGAAUUGGAAGCUGCUGACAAAAGGACUUCUCAUCAGAGAGAGACUGAAGCAACGCUACUCCAUCAAGACUGAGCCCUCAGCACCUGAAGCAGAGAAAGGAGCAGGAUUCUCCUCUGAUGAAGAAGGGGGUCCAAGUUCAGUAGGGAAUGUGGCCAUUUCUUGGCCCCAAAAUCGCCAGUUAGAGAAAAAAAAAGAAGAGAAGACAACCAAAAAGAGCAAGCGAGAAAAGAAAGGAGAAGCAGCACAGUUGUUCCCUUUUGAGAAACUGUGAUCAGAACAAGCGUUUCUUUGCCAUUUCCAGAUGCAAGAACAGUAGUCACAACAAAAGUAUCCUUUGCCAGUUAAGAAUUUAGUCUUUCUGUGCACUUUUGUUUCCGAGCUAUCGGGGACCAACCUAAUUCAGUAUCAGGAGUUUCUUUGGCUGUUGUGGGUAAUUAGGUUCAUCCUUUUGUCCUGGGACUUAUGAGAAGCAGAUGUGCAGUUGUACCUUCUGAGAAGAUCACUUUGUGCUGUUGGGGUUUUUUGCUCUCUUUUGUAUCACUCAGCACUAAUAAUUCUGUUUUCUGAGGCAUUCCUUUCAUUAGCACUGUCUUUUCCCAUUUUUCUCCUUUCCAUUUUUUCCUGCUUGUUCAGAACUGAAGCACGCAGCUGCUACUUAACAGCCUGUGGUGAGCUGGCCAAAGGAAUGCUAAUGCCUCUUUGAUUCGUACCUUAUCAAAAUCAGUGAUGAGGUAGAGUUCUGGUCUUACUGUCUCAUCAUCACAGAAGGGGAAAUACUUCCUCUAAGGUGUAAAAAAACAUAGAAUCAAGAUUUGGAGGAAUCUGAAAAUUUACUUUCUAAAGAAUACCUGCCUUUUGUGAAAACUCUGUUUUGGUUUUUCAUCUUAGAGUCUUCCUUUACUUUUUCAGAAAUCUUGUGCAUUAGAAGGGAGAAGCCCUGUCCUUAUUUCAAGCUUAAGGUUAAAUAUGUCUUCUUAAGUAAUUUGAAUAUAUACGUAUUUGUUUCAGUUUUGUUUUAUCAAGAACCUGUGGAUAUAUUCUGGAGCAAAACAUGUAAAACUGGCUGAGUGUCAUUGUCAGAAAUGAAAUUCACUGAAACCAGAGAGCUCUCAUAAACAUUAUCCAGUACCUAAGCAUUUAAAAACUGUUAAAAGAGGAAUGUUAAGUCUACACAAGCUUUUCCUGCAGUUUUGUAAUAGAAAUGUUGAUCUGUCUCUCGCAGUAUUUUUAUAAUGAAAUUACACUGACACUGUCUCUUUAGAGGGGAAUACAGUUUAGUCAUUGGUGGAUGUGGUCACGGAGGAAAGAUUGAAAUGUAAGAAAAUGGCUUACAUUUAAUUAUGUUCAGAAAAAAACUCUAUUUUUGUACUGUAUUUGUAGAAGAAAAUAAAGUAUGGGAAGAGUAUGUUGUCCGUUACACCUCCCCUCUGGCCAGCUCAUCCUUCUGUGAGCAGCUCAGUUUCUCUGGAAGGACUCUCAGGCAAGGAUAAGAACACAAAUGGGGUCCCUGAAUGUCCCAGAGCUGGCUGCUUGUGAAUUGGUUUCGUGUUAAGGGUCUUCAUUCAGAGUUUUUAGUUUUUGCUACCAAAUUCUAAAUAAAUAAAGACCAACCUACAUUAGAGGCUUGGGGAGUAGAUACGGCCUGUAUAUGAGGCUUCAAGAAAAAAUUCUACAUCUUGCGUGAACUGGUAAACCUGCAGAGGGCACAGAGGAGGUAGCUCCUUCUGCGUUGGCCCUUGUGCCGGUACGCAGGAUACACCCCGAAAUGAGUACUCUGAGCACGAGGGCCCCUGUCCGGCUCCUGCUGGCAUCGGUAAUUUUUCAUCUGCUUAAAACAGGAGCUGGUACCAGCUGUACCAAAGUGACUCCGUGCUUCCUAGCUUGGGACUCAGCAUAGCUAGACAAAGUUACGAGUCUAGUGA